AUUGUAAUACAUUUGUACUUUUUAACUAAGAGACUCUUAAUUGAAUGAAACAACGGUGAAUUUUUUGAUGUAAAUCUACACGGACUACAUUGUGCUUUGUCAUUGCCAUCCACAUACUUCACCGAUUCUGGCCAUACAAAUAACUCGUACUACUGCUAUUUGUGAAUUGCAUUCUGCAUGAGGACUAAGUAGUACACGAUGACUUUAGUGAAGGAUUUAAGCGAAUUUUCAUCUUUUAAAUAACUGAGCACGUACUAAUAGGAAGGCCUGUGAUAGGCUUUAUGCUUCCGCACCCGCAGGCUAUUUUUGAGCUACACAAUGCGUCACAGCCAGCGCAUAAGAAACUCUAAAUUGAACAAUACAAAUAAUAAUGUUUUGGAUGAAGACAUCAAAGUUGGUUUGAUUGAUGAUUUAUUUUCCAGCUCUUUCCCCAAAAUAUGCCCGGAACAAGGAAGGACGGAAACUAAAACGGAAGAACUGCAACAAAAACAUUGUGAGAUGAUAACCAGAAAAAGAAAGCGGACCGAAGAAGCUAUACAACUUGAAACCACAUCUUCCAAACCUGCUUCUAAAAAUACGGUAUGUGACGCCUUUGAAGUGUCUGAAAAUACCACUCGGGUUAACCAACAACAGCAGUUCUCCCAUGUGACGAGUGAGGAGCUGUCGGGACUGGAACUUUCGGAUUUGUUCGACAUUGAAGAUUUUAACUGGGAACUGGAUAAAGACCCCAGUUCUCCGCUUUUCGAAGUUGGUCUGGACGGGUUUCCACAUCAUGCCCCUGAUGACACAACAACGCAGCUGGAUUCUGACCUGAGCUCGUUUGGGUCGCUGCAAAACCUAAUGAACUCGGAAGGUGGCGCAACCGAUGCUCAAUAUCGGUUCCAAAAUCAACAGAGAAGUGGGCAAAAAGCUCAGCAAUCUACAGCGGAUCUACCAGGGAGGAGCAACCGCAACGCUAUUGCUGCCAGAGUGAAUCGUUUGAAAAAGAAAGAGUACGUAAACGGAUUGGAAAAUAAAGUCACCAGUUUGGCGACGGAGAAUAAGGAGCUUAAAGAAGAGAAUAAACAACUAAGCAAUAGGUUGGGUGAGCUGGAAGACGAGACGAGGUACCUCAGGGCUGUCCUGGCUAACGAAAGCACGUUAGCCCAGCUUUUAAGCAGACUCGCCGGUGGGAAUGGGAUGAAGCUGUCUACCUCGCUUUUCAAGGAACCCAAAGAGAACGACCACGAUUACGCGCUUCCCGGGAAAAAGGUGAAGUUGGAGGAAAAGGAAACGUCCGGAGGGGUUUGUCUUCACGUCGAUAACAAUAUCGUCUCUGUGGAAUUCUGCUCUAAAUGUGCAGAAAGCGCAAACUCGUCGCAUAAAAUUUUUUUUCUAGGUGACUGUCUUGCCAUGCUGUGUUGGUGGGGGUUACAGAACAGCCAUGCACCUGACUCCAUGUGGAUACUGCUGUGGUGGAAGCUGAAGAAACGGGACCUGCUGCUGGCAUCUUGUCCUGAUUUUUAUUAAAAGGUAGUAUAAGAUGGAUUGUAAGUUUUCACAGCUUUUGCUGGCAUAACCAGGCUUAUAGUUAUUGAAGGCAAGGCGGGGCAACAUUGGAAAAGUAAGCAGCUUCAGUCACCGUACAGAAGAGUGCUUUAAAGAAAGACACACACCCUGGAUUAUUUUAUUUAAGUGGUAUAGGGGCAUGCACUUCAGUCACAUUCAUAAGUUUAUUUGUUAGAGAUUGGAAAUUAAUGGAAUUAGUUUUAUGGUUCCUGAAGCAGGUUAUUUAGUAGUUUUACUUAAAACCGGAACCCCUAUUGGCCCCAAGUCUAAGAAUAUGGAGGUGUAUCUUAAAGUAUUUUUAUAGCUCUAUUCUAAGCUACGAUCUGUGGAAGAUAACAAAGGUAAGAGGAGGAGGAAUUGUUCAAUAAGCACUUAGGCACCGGACUGCAAAGAAUGCGUAGAACAGACCUUUACCCAUUUCACUGUUUCACAGUUAGACUGGCCAAUACCAUUCUUUGGAUGAUGCAGUGAAAACUAGUUGCUCCUAAUAAUCCCAAUUGAUAGCUCUAAUGUUUAAAACAGUCCACCAGUUAGGCCAGUUAUUAAAUGUGUUUUUAGAGUCAUUCAAAUGGUAUAGUAUGCUUAUUUAAAUUUCAGAUGGAAUUUCAUGCCAGCAAAAGCUGUAUCCUUUUUUUUUUUUUUUUCCCCCCCCAAAUUAUGCUUGUAUCAAUCGGUUUUGUAUAUAAGUUGCAUCUGAUGUCAGUAUUUCUGUUUCAAAUUGAAUUAUUCCGGGAAUCAAUACAAUAUGUACGUUUCACAAUAAAAGUAAUUUUGGUAAUGCA